UUUUUAAAGAAACUUUGUAGCACUUACUUGAAGUCACUUGUUACAAGUUUGCGAAUGCAAAAUUAUUUAUCAAAAUGAAUAGUUCCUUCGACAUAAAUAUCUACAAGAACAAACUGUCUUUGUUUGGUCAGAAGGUUUUGCGCGGUUUGGUGGAACAAUGGCAUGAAGAAAAGGCGAGUAUUUACAAAGGACAUCAUCGAAAUGAGGUUAUGCAGUCUAACCAAGCAUUUAGGGAUUCAAACAAAAGAGUCAAGAAUUCAAACUACCAAAAUGAUUCGUUUGAUUCAUUUGAACAAACCGCCAUUUCAUACCAUAGAAAAAAGUGCACAUUGAAAUUCCUUGAAAAAGAGAACCCGAUUGCUUCUACUCCGUUUGAAUUGUUGAACUACAAAGCAACGGUCGAGAAAAACGACACUAUUCUUAGCAGGGACAAUCUAGUGAUGUCAGCAGUCGAAUUUAAUAAUCAUUCUACUCAUACUUAUUUCGAUGGACAACCUGGAUUGAAAAUAAUAACCGAUCAGAAUACUGUGGAAAAACGAGUGGACGCAAUUCCAGUAGUAGAUCUAGAGUCUCCUCGUGUAUCGCCAAUUAAUAUAAAAGACGUAUCAUGGAGUAAUAUGUUUGAUACAGAUUUAUUUCAGGAUAGCAUUGAUCAACUUCAUAAUAAUGAAAGCAGUAAAGAAUGCUUGACAGCUAUUGGAGACAAGGAAGAAGUUAUUUUGGUUGAACCAGAGACAGUCGUGGAAACAUUUAAAAAACCUAACAUCAAACGGAAGAAAUCCGAUAACUUAACUAAACCCAAACCUAAGAAAGAGAAAAAGCUUGCCGCAUCUAAUACCAAGAAUAUUAAAAUUUCUAGAGAAGAAAACUUUAAGAAAGUGGUUAAGAAUUGGUUAAACGACGUUGAAAGUAAUUCGUUACUCAAUAUUGCUGAACCAGAUACUACAGAGCCGAUUCUAAUAAACGAUAAGGAAGAAAGUGACAAAGUUGUUCAUCCUAAAAUUAGUAUAUCCAAAGAAAAAACAAAGAAAAGGGUUGUUCAAGCACAGUUAGCGAAUAAAGAGGGGAAGAUGAAGUUCCGAAAACCAACAAAUGAAAAUGCCAAUGACGACAAAGAAGAUACUGCUAUUGAUGAUAAGCGAGGCAAAGACUUCAAAGAGGUAAUAAAAGAAAAAAAGAAGAGCAAGUUUGUGGCUCCAAUAAAAUCUCAAACUCCUGUUAAAGAUCAGACUUACGAAAUUCUCAGCUUAGAUUCAAAUAACUUGGAAAUACACGCUAACACAUUGACUGACAUAGCAAAUACUGACGUUUUCCUGGUGAUAACUUAUAGAAACGGUUUCUGCCAGUUGAACUGUAACUACACCGAAGAUUCUUGUGUUUCCGAAGGGAUACUAAUUCAUGCGAAUGAUGUCUUCUUCUUUUUUAAAACUUUUGAUUCGAUUCACUUACGAACGUUACUAGCAAAAGUUUUGGAAGCUAAUACGAUCGUCUGUUUUGAUGGCAAGAGUGCUUUAAUUUUCUUGUCUCUCCUGGAUAUCAAUGUGAAGCCUUUAGCAAUAUGUGACACAAAGAUUGGAGGAGCUCUCUUAGACCCCGACAAUCCGCCCGAGUCGUUCGCGGACUUGCAGAAGCUGGUGUCUCACGCAGCCGAGUACACCAUCGCCACCGACUGCGCCCUGCAGAAGGCAGCCUGGUACACGACGCUGCUGAGAGAAACCACUUCUAAGCUCAGAGAUUUGCUGAUCGAACACUCCUUGACGAAUAUCUUUGAUAACGUGGAAAUGCGAUUAUUGCCCAUUAUUGCGGGUAAUUAACAAUUUUUGAGAAAAAAACUUUUUUAUCCUGUACGUAAUUUUUAUAUACCCGAUGUACGUAAUUAUAUUGAUAUACGUUAUGUUCAGGUAUAUUACUGUUAAGUCCACAAAACGUACGUCAGAAGGUUGGAACAGUAAAACAUGUGAUUUCUUUAAAGGUGUAUUUGCGACUAAAA